UUCCCUCCCUCCCGGCGGCGGCUGCGGAGCCGGGCGCGGCUGGCGGCGGCCCGGGGCGCGGCCGGGCGGGAUCAUGGCGGACGGCGUGGACCAUAUCGACAUCUACGCCGAUGUGGGCGAGGAAUUCAACCAGGAAGCUGAAUAUGGUGGACAUGAUCAAAUUGAUUUAUACGAUGAUGUAAUUUCUCCAUCUGCAAAUAAUGGAGAUGCCCCAGAAGAUCGUGAUUACAUGGAUUCUCUCCCACCAUCUGUUGGGGAUGAUGUAGGUAAAGGAGCUGCACCAAAUGUUGUCUAUACAUAUACUGGAAAAAGAAUUGCCUUGUACAUUGGAAAUCUUACUUGGUGGACAACAGAUGAAGACUUAACUGAAGCGGUUCAUUCACUGGGGGUAAAUGAUAUUUUGGAGAUAAAAUUUUUUGAAAACCGUGCUAAUGGCCAGUCUAAAGGAUUUGCCCUUGUGGGUGUGGGAUCAGAAGCAUCCUCCAAAAAGUUGAUGGAUUUAUUACCAAAAAGGGAAUUGCAUGGGCAGAAUCCUGUUGUAACUCCAUGUAAUAAACAAUUUCUGAGUCAGUUUGAAAUGCAGUCAAGGAAAACCACGCAGUCUGGCCAGAUGUCUGGGGAAGGUAAAGCUGGUCCCCCAGGAGGAAGCUCACGAGCAGCAUUUCCACCUAGUAAUAGAGGGCGAGGUCGUUUUCCAGGUGCCAUUCCAGGUGGAGACAGAUUUCCUGGCCCAGCAGGGCCAGGAGGGCCACCACCACCUUUCCCAGCUGGACAAACUCCCCCACGUCCACCUUUAGGUCCUCCUGGCCCACCAGGACCGCCAGGUCCUCCACCUCCUGGUCAGGUCCUCCCACCUCCAUUAGCUGGACCUCCUAAUCGUGGUGACCGUCCACCACCGCCAGUUCUGUUCCCAGGACAGCCUUUUGGUCAGCCUCCACUUGGGCCACUUCCUCCUGGCCCUCCACCGCCAGUUCCAGGCUACGGGCCACCACCAGGUCCCCCACCACCUCAGCAGGGUCCACCUCCACCUCCGGGUCCAUUUCCCCCUCGUCCACCUGGCCCUCUUGGGCCACCCCUGACUCUUGCUCCUCCUCCACAUCUCCCUGGGCCACCCCCAGGUGCUCCACCACCUGCACCACAUGUGAAUCCAGCUUUCUUCCCCCCACCUGCCAAUAGUGGCAUACCUACUUCAGACAGCCGUGGCCCGCCUCCGACAGAUCCGUAUGGCCGACCUCCACCAUAUGACAGAGGUGACUAUGGGCCCCCUGGAAGGCGUUUCACUGGAAAUAACAUGUCCAUAAGAGAAAAAUUACAUAUUCCAUUCUAUGGGAGGCACACGAAAAAUAAUACUCAAAACUCAGGGAGAGAAAUGGAUGCUGCAAGGACACCUCUAAGUGAAGCAGAAUUUGAAGAAAUCAUGAAUAGAAAUAGAGCGAUCUCAAGCAGUGCCAUUUCAAGAGCUGUAUCGGAUGCCAGUGCUGGGGACUAUGGAAGUGCUAUAGAGACCUUGGUAACUGCAAUUUCCUUAAUUAAACAGUCCAAAGUAUCUGCAGAUGAUCGCUGUAAAGUACUUAUUAGCUCUCUUCAGGACUGCCUUCAUGGAAUUGAGUCCAAGUCUUAUGGUUCUGGAUCCAGAAGACGUGAGCGAUCCAGAGAGAGGGACCACAGUAGGUCACGAGAAAAAAGUAGGCGCCACAAAUCACGUAGUAGAGAUCGUCAUGAUGACUAUUACCGGGAAAGAAGCCGUGAAAGAGAGAGGCAUCGUGAUCGUGACAGAGACCGCGACAGAGAACGAGACAGAGAGAGGGAAUAUCGUCAUCGUUAAAGAAGCACCUGACAUGAACCUAGGUAAGUAACAACAGGUAACUGGUCUUGGGAGGGAGGGAGUAUUUGUGUGAUUUAUCUUCUGCAGUUUGCAUGCUGUCUUUUUAAUUUUAGGUGAUAUUAAUGUUUGCAGUUUUUAUGAAAUGUAAUUAAACCAAUUCUUAAAAAAUCAGUAAGCCAGAAAAAGUCUGCUCUCUUUGUAAUCUUAGAAUAUUAUAUGAAAUUUAUGGUUUUAUUUCUUUUUUGUAGUUUAAAGUACUUGUGUUUUUUCUUUUUUUUAUUUUAUUUUAAGAUCUACUUGUGUAAGGACUGCAGCAUUUAGCCAUUCACAUGUCAUGUGUGGAUUAUUUCAAUUUAGGGAAGACGUGUAUAUAGUUGCUGUCCUUGCACAAGUACAGCAGUGUGUUUUUUUGGGUGGUUUUUGCUAAGUUUUACUCAAAUUCAGGAAAUAUGGCCAGACUUCACUCUCUGUUUUAUGAAAUGUGACCUGUCAGUGUCUUCUGCCUUCUAGCUAAACUCAGGCGUUAUCUUCAAUAAGAUUUAUGAUUAGUUGUUCCCCAUCACCCUGAUUUUUUCAUUCCCUCCCCCUCUGAUAGUGAAGUCAUUUUCUGAAGACUAGUAAACAAACGUAUGACACAAGGAUUGUUUCGCUUAUAGUUGUUCACAAACUAAUGUGUUCUUUUUUUCAUAUAUCUGCAGUCUUGCAUGCAUCAGUUCUCUAGAUAGCUACAGAGUAGCAUGCUAAAUGAUGGGUUUUUUCAGUGUACUGCUGAGAGCUUUAAAAUAUGUAGAAAUGUUCAUCGCAUUAUAUAAUGUACUGUUUUGAGGACUGGGAAUUCAAGCUAUUCCUUAUAUUUGACAGUUGGAAAAAACCCCUACCUAUUAGUUUCUCUGCAGUGGUCUUUUCUUUCUUUUAGAAUAACUUCCCACUACAUCUACAUUAAAAUUGAAGCUUGCAGACUUAAUCUGCCCAACUUCCAUUUCCUACAUUUAUCUUCCAGAUUUAGUUUCCAGCUUUUCACGUGGUAUUUACUCAUGGAAGUCCAUUUGCUGAAGUUAAAUUGAGCAAAACUUUUCAGAAAUUGGAUAAAAUGCCGUAAAAAUAUAAUUCUGUAUUAGUUAAAUGUCAGUUUUCCAUUCAGGCUUUUGUGUCACUGACUUCUUUGGGAGAGAACAAAUUCUGAUACUAAAUACUCUAGUCUAUUAAGUAUUAAGUGGGUUGUUGUCUUGGAUUCAUACACUAACAGAGGACGCACAAAGCUGUAACCAACCUAGAGAAGGGGAGCCAAAGGCUUAAAUAGGAAGGUGAAACAUGGCAGCAGAAAUAAAGUUGGCAGUGUAUAUCUGUUAAUGCCACUUUUUGUCAUAAAAAAAGGAUUGGUAGAAAUAUUUUGGGAAUUGCAUAAAAAUAGCAACUGUGGUUCUUAAUUUUAAAAUUAAGAUAAUUAAAAUAUAUAAUUUUAUCAGAAUAUAAAAAUACAGAUUUAACAAAAGUAAACAUAGGUGUUUUUGUUGAACUGGAUUUUUACCUUUUAUGAUAAAUGAGUAUUGGUGAUAUUUGCAAAUAGUUGUUAUUAAUAGGAGGUAACGAUUGAGCUGAGUAAUGGAUGCAUUUACAGAGUGCUUUCCUUCUGGUGGAGAUGAGCAAUCCACACUAAAAAUUGUUUAUGACCUGGAAUUUAAGAUAGUUUUGUGUUUUGGUUUUUUUUUUUUUUUUUUUUUUUUUACACUUGGCAUAUUUUGUUAAUCUAGUUUUAUUUUUUUGUGUAUUUAAUGUGCAUGUAGAUAUGGAGUUUCUGUGACAAGUACAGAUUCCUUACCUUGUCACCCCAGGAAAACAUAUCAAAUAGCAUUAGGUUGCAUUUUAUAAUUUCCGAAGCACAAUUUAAAAAUUAAACACUGGUUUCGAUCUAAGGUUCAGGUGGGAUUUAUAUGUGUAACAUCUUUCAACUCUGUGUGCUGGCACUUUUCUUUCAGAGGGGUUGCAUAGGUAAGAUUCCCUUGUGCAAAGAAAGUAGGUCCUAAGAACUUGAUUUAAAGGGCAAAUUUAGUAUUCUGCACGUAUAUGCAAGCAUUUGAUAUUUUUUAAAGUUAAGUUGUAAACUUUUUGUCUUGUUGCUGUCUUAAUGAAGAAGGGCUUUAUUGUAGUUUUGUUUUUAUCUAUUUAUACACACACACAUAUAAAAGAAAUACAGUUAUCUCCUGGUUUGUAUGUUUCAUUUUCACGAAGAUGUAUGUUGCCAUACAUUUUUUUCGUUUUGUUCUUUACAUUGGUUAAUACUCAUAAACGGAUUUAACAGUCUCAGUCACUUAUAUAUCAGCACUGAUGAAAAGAGUUACUUCCCACAUUACUGUGUUUUGCCAGAUAACAUGAAGUUGCUUCUGUGCCUGCACCCUAUGAAUGGCACCUAUACUUCUUCUUGUGUACCUAUAAUCAUAACUGUGAUACUGUACUGGCAUUUUUUAAAAAGUGUUCCACAUCUAGUUUAGAAGGAUUUUAAAGGUCCAUUGUGAACAUUUUUGUAUACAGUGAAAUUCAGUUUGUACUGUAUUACAUUUAUAGAGAUCGCUUAAAUUGGAAUAACUUACUAAAUGUGUUUAUAAUAAUAAAACUCUAUUAAAAGAUUUAGAUGUACCAUAGCAGGUAUUUACACUUCUGUUUGUACACUUUGUUAUUUAAAAUUAAAUUCUUGCAAGAUUUUUGUGCCUUCACUUGAGUAAGGCUUUCAUGUACAUUGAUAAUCCAUUUCACUAAACCAAAUGUUUCCUUGAAACAUCUUGCCUUUGCUUGUAGAAAGCCUAUUAGAUAUGAGAACAGUGGAUUUUAGACAAAUGUCUAACCUGUAUUACUCAAUAAGACUAAGAAUCCAACAAUGAUAUUUAGAAGGAUUAACAGCAAAAUUAAUGUGUACAAACAGAAUAGUAAUGUAACUUCAUCAGCAUGAGUCCUGACUUUUUUUUUUAGACAGAUUUUUUUUUUUUCAGUUUAACUGAUACUCAAUGAUGUAUUUCUAGCUGAUACAUUGUCCCAAUCUUAACCUGUCCUAAUUUCUAUAACUGCUGAAUGUUAAAUUUUUCAUUCUAUGUUUUUGUUAUUGGGUUGAUUGAUUAUUUCCUAUUUAAACUGGAUUUGGACUGAGCUGCAAAGACAGAACCACAACAUUGUAACAGUUGAUAUGUAUGUAGACUUUGUACUCCAUAUUUCAUGCUCUUUCCAUGAUUUUUCUGCUCUCAAACCACUGUAAGCAAAAUAACUUAAAGCCUGAGGUUCAUGAUUCUUCAAAAACUGCUCUCAGCUCUCUCUGAAGUAGUUUCAGCUUUGGAGUGAUCUAAGAAUUAAUGAGGUUGGAAUUUUUUUGGUGUCACUAGGAGGGGAAAUAGUACUGCUAGUUUAAGUAAUAUUCGUUAUAGUUUUGCUUGUAUGAGUAGGAACUGUCCUAUAACAGCAUAUUAGCAACCACUUAAACAUCAAGUGAAGUACAAAAUUAGCCUUUUAAGAAACCUUGGAAAUUAACAGGAAAGCGCCUAUUUUUGUGAGUUACUUUAGUAAUAAGCUUCUAGUUAAUAACAGAAUUUUAAGUGACUUGUGUGGUAAUGAAUUGUGUUCAAGACCUGGGUAUAUGUACCUAUCUAGGAUUAUUUCAGAUCUUCUUAGUAUUAAGCUAUUAUGAGCGUUAUUUAUCUGAUCUGUCUUUUUAAAAAUAUGUGUGUGUUUGAGGAAGCACAUAUGUGGGGCCGGCACUAUUCUACUGCAUCUAACGUUCAUCAGAGAAAUAAUGCUUUGUGCAUAUGAUUCAAUAUAAGUCUAUUUUAUCUACUCUGGUGCUUUACAGAAAUGUGUAGUUUGUUUCUUAAUGUUCAGUGAUUUCUCUCACUUUCAAAUCAUCCCACUCAAGAAAAACGAACUGAAAAUCUUAUGCUAUUAUUUAUUUUCAAAUGCAUAACUGCAUAACUUUUAUUGUUUUUUUCCAUUAACGUGAUGCUGUAAUUUUGUUGUCUUCUGAGGUGUCUUUAGACACACUUAUAUUUUUGUGUUCCCCACAUCCAGUGCUUUUUUCUUUUGUUUGUGAAAUCAGUGGUUUUGACAAAUCAGAGCUGUGUGAAAGUUCCCCAAGAAACUUUAAGGCUUUACAGCAUUUAAAACAUAAAUUACUUGCAAGUGAAAAUGUUGGUUUGAUGCAGUGUUCUCCAAAGAAUGAAGAAACCUAGUUUUUUUCCUUUUUGCUCAUUGUGGUUUGAGAACUAAGAUUUCUUUUUACACAAAAAAAAAAAAAAAGUGAGAGAUCUUCAUUUUUAUGUUUUCCUGUGGUAGCUUGAUCUACCUUUUUGUGUCUUCCUCAUAUAUUAAUGUGAAAGAUACUUGCCAAUACUUUACAUCUUUUUAAUUUGUAAACUAAAGAUGGAGUUUUCUGAACACACCUCUCUGUUCAUCAGUUAAUUUUGGUGAAUAGACAGGCCGGAAUAGUAAGGAGAAAGACCUAUGAUGAAUUAAACUAAUUCGGGGGCAUUCUUUUUCUUCCCAUGUAAAAUUAUUUAUAAAAUCAGGAAAUUGUUCUGAUGUUGAUCUUUAGUUAUGCACUAAGACUGAAUAAAGAUACCAGGUAAGUACGAUAAUAAUGGGGGGGGGAAAUAUGCAACAAAUGGAAGAAGGUGCUAAUGGUGGUAAAAUAGUCUGUUUGUUACAUGUAUAUGAUGAACAGAAUCACAUAUGUAUCUCAGCUUGCAUGCAGAAAGACAUACAGAGUCAAGCUUGAAAUUCCUUCUUUCUCACUGUGUUAUAGCUGUAGCAUCACAGUUAUUUGGAGGUUUAUGAUGUUCUGGAUUGUAGGUUAAGUUAAAUUUUGGCUUUCAAGCUGAUACUUUCUGUGAGAUUUUUGCUUUGUGUUUUUUUUAUGUAUAGAAAAAAUAAAGGAGAAUUACAUGAAGUAAUUCUUAGGAGCUACUAGGAUAUAAUGACAAAUGUAUAUCAUGCUUUUUACUGAAAUGUGAACGUGUCGGGAGAUUGAAAUUCAAUCUCUGAAAAUAUCAGAAACCACGUAACAAAAUAUGAUGGGUGUAUGCACAUACAGCUUUAAAAUACUGUAGAAUUUUCACACUUCUAAAAGCUCUUUAAAUCUUUUAUAUGCUUAUUUGGAUAAUUGGAAUUAAAAGGAAAAAAAUCAGAGUUGCUACUGCAAGAUGCUUUAUGUAAGAAAUCAAUUGGGUUUUGUUGUAAGAGUCUGUCUUUGGAAAAAAAAUGUUCAAGUUGCAUCUUGCAUAAAUGCAAAAAUGUUUGAUCACUUAAGUUCUGGGAUUUCACUUGUGAAAUGUGCUGGCAUAAACCCCUAACUUUUAAACCACAAAAUAGCUAUUUAAUAGACAAGUCUGAAAUUUGGGUUUUAUUAGUAGAAAUGCUGAGAAACUGAUCACUGUAUGGUGUUUAAUUGUACAAACCUAACACAUGCUUGGGGCAGAUAGCUUUUAUGAGCUUGAGGCAGAUGGAAAAGUAUUGACUAGAGAUUUAAUUUUUUUUUUUUUCUUUAAAGUUGUUUCUUACUUCAAUAUUCUACUUCCUUGUAGAAUACUGAAAAGGGCUGAGCAUGAAGGUAUAAUCCAUACAGAUUUAAUUCUUCCUUUUGGAACCACAAAGGUUUCCAGUUUUGCCAAGAUGUAGUGGCAGAAUACUUGGAACCAAAAUGUACACUGCUUUGGAUUUUAGUUGGUUGUGUUUUUUAAAACUGAGGUUCAGUGUGGUGCUGACCAUCUUAAGAAGCCCUAUAAUGAGAAGUAUUAAUUCUAAAUCCAGUUUAUAAUGCAUUCUUUAAAGUUCCUGUAGUUCCAUAAGUACCCUUACAAAUCUAGCAAAUUAUUCCCAGGAACUGAAGCUUUCCAAUGCUAGUAUUAUCAGUCACAUAUAUGGUGCUUUGGAUCUGUUAACUGUUGCCAUAGAAGUGAUAAAGAUCCAUAAUUCUUGCCAUAGUAAUUGUAUGAUGAGAGCAGCAAAUUCUGACACGCAGUCUCACAGCUGUCAUAUACUUAACUUUCUCCAGUAAAAACCUGCGAUUGUCCCCUGUCUGUUUGUGCUAACUUAGCUCGCAAUUCUGAACACAUCUUCUUGUGGAGGCAGCACUUUGUCACUUUGCUACUAAUUAAUUUUAAAAGUACAUAACACCUAUGGAAAUUUUGGUCUCUGGGGACGAACUUCCCCGGAAGUAGUUACUGGUUGAUACAUUCGUGACUUGGGAACAAAAUCUGCAAAUAAGAAAAUCCAGUCACUGCUUCGGAUUUGGAUUAGUUUAUGUGCAUACUGUAGUGUAUAGAGCCUUCUUGGUUACAUGUUUUUUUAAAAGUUGUUAUUAACAGUUACUUUGAGGGAAGGAAGGAGAAAUGUGUCAAUUGUUCAUGCAAAAGUUGAGUACUUUGUUUUCCUAACUGCUUUGAAAUUACUAAACUAGUCGAAGACUAUUUGACAGCUGUGUACUGGUGCACGUUCAUGAAAUUGCUCCUCUAAAUGUCUUGGUUUUCAAAUGAACAAUUCAGUGUGUUGGUUUUUUUGAACAAUUUGAUUUAAAGUCUUUGAAAUUAUUGAAUGUUGAAAUUGUGAAUUACUAAUGAAGAUAGCUAAUUGUUUUGUAAUGGAAUUCAACUGAAAUCCAGUGUAUGGAAUUAUACCAUCCCAAGUAUUUUGUGAACUCUCACAGUAAUUGACUCUGAAUGAUGUGGUUACUUAAUUUGCCAAAAUAGAUGAGAAUAGGAAGUAGGGCUUGGGGUUUUUUGUAGGGCGCGUAGGCAAGUAAACCUGCAAAUCUAUAUUGUAUUAUUUGAAAAGUGGGUUCUUGUGAUUAAACUGCAAGCAUGUAUUUUUAGAUGUGAAACCCAUCCUGCUUGCCACUAGUCUGAAAAUUUUGAAGUACUGGUAUCUGAUUCUGUGCACUUUUAAAUGUUACUGAGCUGUGAGCCAUUCACUUCAUUAUACAAUCAGUGCAUUGCUUAAAUGUUAAACCAUCUUAAAACUUCUGUAAGUGGGCAGGUAAAAAUGUAAAAAUCUAGUUGUGGCAAAAUUACCUUCCGUGCUUGUUCAUUUACUCUUGCAGAAUGCAUACUUCAGGAAAUGUUCUAUAUAAAUGUUUCCAUCAGUCACAGGAACAGUAGCUAUUUCUUCCUUUAUCACUCAAUACUUCAACUGUGAAAUUUAUAUUCCUUCAACUUUGUUGUACAACAACAUUAAUUUUAUUUUUAACUAUUGUAUUAGAAAAAAUUGUGUGCACAAACAAGUAGCUACUGCUUCUGGGUAUUUUGUGUUAGCUUACAUUAUGGUGAAGUAGAUGCACGACUUGUGUAUGUAUAGAUAAGCCAACAAUUUUCUGUGUAUUAUGGGGACUAGCAAAAUCUACAUCACAAAUUUUGACACA